AUGACAUCGAAUGUGCUAGCCGAUCUUGCGAGUCUCCUCCAAGGGACGAAAAAAAUUGGUAACCAACCAAAUAGAAGCGCCAUUAUGACAGGUGCCGGUGUAUCCGGCGCCAUCCUGAAUGUAGAUCCCAUUAUAAGCUCAAAUGACGCUAAUAACUUAUUGAACUCGGUCAGAAGUUGGGCCGGGUUCUUGAGAGCAAUCGCUAUUGAAUUCUUCAAAACGUAUGGUUCAUCCGAGCUUUACGAAAACGAUGUUCUCUUCCUUCUCAGUUUUGGAAAAGAUGUUGAAAAUGUAAAAUACGGAGAUGAAAAAGCAACAAACGAAUUCAAGAAAUCUAUCAAAGCAGCUGUGGAUAAUGGAAUAUUCGAACUUCCUCAAUUAUACAAGGCGGAAGAGAUGUUUGUAAAAACACCUAUGCUUCGUUUCACUAUUGAUAGAGUGCUCAAAUCACUUCCUACAAAAGAUCCAAAAGAUCCAAAAGACCCAGCUAUGAGCAGCCUUUUGAGAAAAGUGGCACUCAACCCAUGGGGAGACUACAGGAGCAUUGAUGAUUCGACUAAGAUCCUUAAUGAGCUUGCUACGCUAAUCAACAAGACUAUAUUUCCCCAGACUUCAGUUGUCUCCGUAUGGAAAAGAGCCAAGGAUGCGAUCGAUAAAAGGUCCAAGGAAGUGAAACUUGAAGAUAUAAAAAAAGGCUAUGAAGAAUUCGCGAAAUUCUUAGCUUACAUGGAAAAAAAUAACCCCCAAGGAUUCGAGGAUGAUUUCAACAUCACACUAACUGGCAUCAUGAGUAUUAAUGAAAGCAACCUGAACACUACAUUACGCCGUCUCACCGAACAGGCUUUGAAUGCAUUGAGGGCAACUCUUGCCAAAGUCGGCAAGAAUAGUCUCUUAAUGACUACCAACUAUGAUACCUUUAUGGCAAGUGCCCUCUUCCGAUCACCAAUCGAUUUCGCCGAAGAUCUUAUUGGGGAUGACCAGCUAAACAACUUCUUGAUUCCCGAGGCUCAUACACGUUUUGUUGUGCAUGUCCAUGGACUUUAUUACGAUAAAGGACGCUUCGUCUUAUCGAAAGAAGAGUACAUGCAGACCCGGGGAAUCUUUGUACAUUUCAUGCACAAAUUAAUCGUAGAAAAGAAUACAUCACUUGUCUUUGUAGGCGCGGGUAGCGCCGGCAUUACUGACUACCAUUUCUGCAACUUGUACAAAGAACUCGCAAAGACACUCAAAAGUUCAGGUGGCACACACCCCACACACUAUUGGCUUGUCGUAAGCAGAGAGGCGACUUUGCCUGAUAAACUUGAAGAGGUCGAAGGCUCACAACAAGAAAAAAAGGAUGCUGAGGACUAUUUCCGAAAACAUAUUAAGGUUGUAUCAUACGGCGACAGUUAUGAUAGCCUUCCAACCUUUUUGGAAGGACUCUUGUCUCCGAAAUCUAAAGUUUGA